AACCUACUUUCCACCGCAUAGUGAUUGAAUAGCGCUCUCCAACUCUUGAAACACUGAGGCCAGUGAAAUAAAACACAAACUUUUCUGUGGUUUUGCCAAUAGAGUUGAUAACGAUCAACAUGCACUGGCUUUUGAAUCUGAUUUUGGUGCCUGAAUGGUACUCCCUGAUUUGCUGUUUUUGGUAGUUAUGCUGGUGCUGUAAUGGCAGAGCUAGAUGCACAAAAACAACAUGUGGCUAUGUUAUCUAUUUAACAGGAUCAAACUUUCUGGAAGCCUUCCUUCUGUUAAGGUUCAUGUGUCUGACGAUAAACUUCAACAAGUUAUUAAGGUUUGUCUGUUAUUCUAAAAUGCUUGUUAAAAGCUUAUAACCAGUCCUUGGAUACUGUUGAACUUGCUACAAAAUAUCGUGACGUUAACUACAGCUCAUAGUCUUCGUAAACUAAUUUGUCGUCUCUGCCAUGACGUUUUGUGGUUCUCUGUUUUUUCAAAAACGUACUGAAACGAAACCUCCAAAGUGCUGUGAGAGUUUGUUUAAGAGACUUACAAGAAGUGUAUGUUAUUUACCAUAUUGAAUUGUCUUCAAGGGAGCUAAAGAAACCGAUACUUAAACAUCUUUUUAUUUAUUAAAUAAUUAAUCAAUUUAUACCUUGUUUCUUGGGUCCUUUAAUCUUCAACGGCUAUCUUAAGAACUAACUAAAGAUUUUGCCUGAUCGUUUUAUGUAGCUUGCUAAGAGUAUUCCAAUACCAGGUGGAGAAACUGCUGUGGAUGAGAUAGAUGCCAAACCAGUGGUAUGUUAAAAAAGACACCUUUCGAUUCCCGAUGUCUGCUCUGUAAUACAUAACAGUUAACUGAAAAUAUGUAGAUGAUUUGUUUCAUGUAAGGCUGACUAUUGGUUUGAGUGCUGUGUACAAGUUAGUAUGAUACCUAUUGCAGGAUAUUCCUGUAGACGGCCGAGGAUACGGUGCCAGGGCCCGCUCAGACGUUAGUGGUUUGGGGGCACUGGAAUCUGGUACAGAAGAUCAAGUUGAGGAAGAGGAGGAGGAAAUGUUCAUGACCCCCCCCUGA